GAUCCAUCGCUGCAAGUAGUUUUCUACCAUGAGCUCGGACGCACUUUUGUUGGUAGAGACGGUUAAUUUUGCCGCAGAGAAACAUCGCAACCAGCGACGCAAAGAUGUUGACGGAACACCAUACAUUAAUCACCCUAUCGGUGUUGCACGAAUCCUAAGCCAUGAAGGAGGGGUCACAGACAUUGAGGUUUUACAAGCUGCUCUUCUUCAUGACACAGUAGAGGACACAGACACCUCUCCUGCAGAGCUUGAACACACGUUUGGCCCAACUGUAGCUCGAAUUGUUGAGGAGGUGACCGAUGACAAACGUCUGCCCAAACAGGAGAGAAAGCGCCAACAGGUGGAACACGCACCGCAUUGCAGCCACCAGGCCAAACUGGUCAAACUGGCUGAUAAGCUGUACAACCUGAGGGACCUGAACCGCUGCACUCCUGUUGGCUGGACAGCUGAGCGGGCCCAGGAGUACUUUGUGUGGGCUUCAGAGGUGGUGAAAGGCCUGAAAGGAACCAACUCGGCUUUGGAGGAGAAGCUGGAGGAGCUGUUCAGACAGAGAGGAGUCCAGCUCUGACAACUUCAUCACAAAACAGUGCAUAACAGACUACUUCAGUUUUGAUUAACUCAAAUAUAUAUAGACACAAAUAAAUUAUAUUUUAUAUAAUGUUUUAUUUGCUGUUUUUGUAUAAUUUUUUUUGCAAUGUAUUAUUUUGGUUGGUAUGGUCUAUAAGGUUUGCACGCACAUUUUGAUCUUUAUGUACUUAAAAAUUAAAAAGCAGACUUGCAGUAUCCUUUGGCAAAA